AGAUGACGUACAGUGUACAACCACCACGCACCGUACCAAACACAGUACGCCAACGUCGCUCUCCAUUCAGGUACUGGAGAAAAAAAGUCGAGAAGCUAUCGCGAGGCAUUGAUUCACAUUUGUAUCAAGCACCACCCAACAUGUCGCGAAACCUUGCUAGGAAAAUAUACUCGGACGUCUUCGCCAGAUGGCCCCAGCAGGCCCUGCGCCCCGACUACCAGUUCCAAGAGGUCCUGGGCAAGGCCGUCGACGCGCGCUUCAAGACACUCACAGCUGCGGCAGAGCAGGACGAGCUGCUCAAGGCGCGCGGCCUGCAAUUCCUCCUUCAGGACAAGUUCCGCGAUAGAUACAAGCUCAAGGGCCCGAUGCUCGAACCGAAAAGCCAGCCGACAUAUUUCGACGACCUAGUACGAGAGAUUGAAGAGGCGCCAAACCGCAGCUGGCUCGGCCGUCUGGGCAAGCGCCUGUCUGGUAUGAUUCGCCUGCAAUAACGACGUCGCGGGCAACCCAACACAACACAACCAAAAGGGGGCAGCGAGCGCGACGAGAUAUAUAUUUGUACGAUACCCGCAUGGCAUGGCUGGCGCAUGUAAAAUUAUAGAUUUGUAUUAUUAGGAGCAUUAUUCACGUCACACAACAGUCUUUCAAUCAAAAGGAUAUUUGGUUCUAUAUGUGUACCCGUAAUCAAACCCAAGCGCCUAAUCGAAAUGUGUAUAUAACAGAAAACACAAACGUACAAUCACCAUUGCUCGUUUUUUUGUAAACCUCGCGGUUCAAAGUACCCGUCCUCUAGGGCGGUCUGACUGCCAAUUUACAGGUACUUUCGCUCGGGGUCCAUCUGGUCCAUGAGCUCCAUGCUCUUCUCGUACAUGGUGAACACAAUGCCGCCGCUCAGCACGAGUCGAGCCAAGCGAGGCAGGGCACCACUCCAGAAGGUAAGUAUACCCUCCUGUUUGAAAAUCAUGGUUGCGCAGCGCCACGUGUUGCCGUAGAGCUGCUUGGCCUCGAUACUCUGCAUGCGCGUCUUAAUGGUAUCGAGCGGCUGCGUGACGGUCACAGUGACCAGGCCGGCCAGACCACCAAUUCCAAAAGUGCCAAUGGUGCCGAGCUUCUCGCCCGGCGCCGUGUACGACUCGGCCAUUUGCUUGAAGAAGGUGUAUGCUGUGAAGCGCGUGGCGCUGUUUGCCGACUGGCGCAGUGUCGUGGGCACAAAGCCCUGGAAGAAGCCGCGGAUGCCACG